AUGACGCUUCCCACCGUCCGUUUGGCAUUGACCAUCGGCGGCGUGCCGUUCGAAGACCAGCGAUUGCAACGCGAACAAUGGGCUGCGUUGAAGCCCUCUUUGCCGUUUAGAAAGCUACCAGCGCUCACCGUGGAUGGCCACGUGCUGUGUCAGUCGCAUGCCAUUGCCCGGUACACUGGUUCGUUGGCUGGCUUGUACUCCACCGAAAACCGGCUGGAUGCGUGCCGCGUGGACGAAAUCCCCGACUUUUGCGAGGACUUUAUGCAAAAGGUGAUCCCCAGCUUCCGCGAAGCUGACCCCGCCAAGAAGGCGAUGAGUGUUGAGCUGGCGUCGACCACGUUCCCUGAGAUGUUUGCCUUGCUCGAAGCCCGCGUGGCGUCGUCGGGGUCGAAGGGUCCGUGGUUUCUCGACGCGAUCUCGAUUGCCGACUUGGACGUGUAUUGUAUGGUGUCGAUGAUGAAGUCUGGGUUCAUGGACGAUAUCCCAACCACCAUUUGCGACCGCUACACCAAGAAUAUCACCAUUCACAAUGCAGUGGCCGCCCACCCCAAGGUUGCUGCGUGGGACGAGGCCCACAAGAAGUAA